UGUGAUCAUGGGCCGUAAAAAAAUAGAUAUUAAAUUUGUGAGAAAUAGGGAUUGUAGAAAUGUUACAUUUUCUAAGAGAAAAAAUGGUCUUAUUAAAAAAGCAAGUGAGUUAUCAAUUCUUUGUGGUUCUAGAAUUGGUUUGAGUGGUUACACUCCUGGUGGUAACCUUUUUGCUUUUGGUUCUCCAACUUUUGAAGUUGUGACUAAUGAGUUUCUCAAUGAAGAAAAUUAUCAAUUGGGAGGUGAAUCAUCAAAGCAAAUUGGUGGAUCUCCCCAAAUUGGAAGGAUCAAUGAGCUCAACCAAAGGCUUAAUGAUUUGAACCAAGAGUUGAUGGAAAAAGGUAAAGACCCUAUUGAUCUUGAUGCUUAUGAUUUUGAAGGGCUUCAAAAAGUGAAUGAUUCUUUGAAAGUGCUUCAAAGUGAAAUUGAUGCAGCUGCAUCUUUGCUUGCCCUUGCAAAUAGACCUAUCCAGUUUAUCAAAAUAAAUCAUGGCAAUAAAUGGGGAAAACCCAAAUUGAUCAAAAUUAAAUACUAGGGGUGAAUUCGAGUCGUUUCUCUUUGUUUAAUUUAAUAAAUUUAGUUUCAAUUA